UUGAUGUGAGAGUGAAACCUAUAUAAAGAGGGGGCAACGCAGACCCGAUUAUUUUUGUUUUUGCUAGUUUACAGGAAGGCAGAAAGGAGAGACAACAGAAGGGCUAAAAUGUGGAAGGUUGUUUUUCUUCUUCUAGCGGCCACUUUCGCCGUUGGAACCGGCGUCUUGGUGGGGGGAGUCAGUGACGGGGACAUCAACGACGAGGGGGCUAAAAAGGCUCUGAAUUUCGCCGUGGAGCGACACAACUUCGGGCUCAACGACAUGUACCUGCGUCAGGUUGCAGAAGUGGUCAAGGUGCAGAAACAGGUGGUUGCUGGCAUCAAGUACAUCAUCACUGUCAAAAUGGCCAGAACCCUCUGCAGGAAGAACGGCGCAGGUGAAGAAUGCAUCAUCCCAGAAGACCCGGCUCAGGCCCAGCCCUACCAGUGCAAGUUCAGCGUGUGGAGCCGCCCAUGGCUCAAGGAAAUGACGGUGCUGGAGGAGAAGUGCAACUAAAGCAUCUGGAUCCGUUUGCCUCCUACUCACUCCAUGAAGACGACGGCGCUUUAGAUCAACUACAAAUUAGCAAACUUUUUCUCCUCUUGAUUUUCUUUGUGACGAGUAACUUGAGUGCAAUAAAUAAGUCAAAGGUUUAACACUUUUUUUUUAGAGCGUUGAAACACAGUUACUGUGUGGAAAACUACUACUUUUAGUUUGACUAAUGCAAAAAAAAAUAAAAGCUUGCUUUGUGCUCUCA